AUGGUGGAAGGAAAUCCGUCGCCCAAAAUUCAAUGGAUGGUGUCCGGAGGAGGUGGCAUGGGAAAUGAAGCACGCUACGGAACGGCCAUCCGAGCACCUCGAGGUUCGGUAUUCCGGAUUACCAACGUCUUGCCGCAGUAUAACGGGAAUGUUAUUACUUGCACUGCUACGAACGCGCUAGGAAGAGCAGAGCACAGUGCCAAAUUGACUGUACUUGGCAAUGAAGCUGCGACGCCCCCUGGUUUCCCUCAGUUUCUUAAUUCAUUCUCGGUGAUCGUGGCGAAGAAGAACUCCGGUGUUGAGCUGGAAUGUCGUACCAGUGGAAGUCCACCACCGGUCGUCACCUGGUACAAAGACAGUGUACCCGUGGACACUGGUAAUCCGCGAUUCACCCAGCUGCAAGAUGGAAAUCUGAAAAUCGCGAACCUUGUGGAGGAUGAUGAAGGCAAAUAUGAAUGUGCCGCGACCAAUGACAAGGGAACACGAGUAUCGUCUGGUGAUAAUUUGCUCGUACGAGAGAAUGUGGAGGCCAGUUUGCAGCUAAUAGCCCCAAGUACAAAACGCUUUCGUCCACAUUUCACUAAAGUUCCGCCAGCCAGACAGAUUGUCCCCCCUGGUGGACGACUGGCACUCACCUGUACUGCUGUUGGAGCUCCUGCACCCAGAGUGGAUUGGUACCAUGCGAAUCGGCGAUUGGUACAUGAACAGGCUGAGCAAAAUACACCAGGAUCUGCGCGCAUACUAUUACUCGACUUGUCCGAGUCGAUAAAUGUCACAUGUGUAGCUGUGUCAUCGAUGGGUCGUGUCCACCAUGAAGUGCAAGUUAUUGUGAAAACCCUUCCGCAACCUCCUGGACAACCUUCCCUGGUGGAUGUGGGAUCCACGUUUGCUCGCCUGGCUUUCACUCCUACCCCAAGUCAACCGAUCUGGAAAUAUCUACUAUUCUGGAUAGAGACGAAAUAUUACAAUGACCGAAUGCUGCAGAUUAUGCCACAUAAAGCUGCCAGCUUGCUUAAUACGAGCAACCUGUACGAAGAGCCACCAGCUGGUUGGACAAACGCUGUACAACCAGACGUUCUACUCCUACCAAACGAUCCCAAGAACGCAACUAAAAACGCAGAUGGAUAUGUACGGAUUCUGGAUACGACUGAGCUCUCAAAGGCUUUGGUGGAUUCGUCGAACAUGUUCCAGACGAUUGAUGCCUCGCUAACGCGACUUAAGCCGUACACAAAUUACACUGUUUGGGCACGUGCUGUUGGACCGGAGGCCGACCCAUCAAACGCCGGUCCCACAUGGACAUUUAUAACGCAUGAAGUCGCUCCUACAAGUCCACCGACCGAAGUCCAUGCUGAGGCAAUUUCAAAUGCUGCGGUAACCGUUUACUGGAAUCCUCCAGCCGAUCCGAACGGGCGCAUAAGAGCGUAUCGUAUCCUAUAUACAGAUAGACCAAAUCUGGAAGUGGCCUUUUGGGACACCAGUAUUGUGGAUAUGGAUUCCAAUCGAGCACCCUCCUUGGCCUCGCAGUCAAGCAGCAUGUCCGUUACGAGUGGCCGACAUAGACCUACUCAUGUGCACAUACUUUCGCAUCUGACCGUAAACGCAACCUACUUCAUCCGUGUCAGUGCAGUCAAUGGGAAAGGAGAAGGACCACCUUCCGAGCCCGUGGUUGUGAUCGUCCGUCCCGGACUCUUGCCCGCCCCUAGUAACUUGACUGCAGCGGCAACAUCUUUCAGCGAGAUUGAACUCAAAUGGACUCCACCGGACAAUUUGGAACAAAACUCCAGAUUGCUACAGCACUACCAAAUUCAAUACGCCCCCAUGUCUACCAUUGCAGCCACCGCCACAACCUCGAUAAACAGCAGUUUGCUGCAUUGGACAGCGUCAUUGGAUUCGCUCACUUCCGACAGCGUAAAUACCAAAAUCAUCGGGGCACACCUUAACACUAUGAUGAUAUCUGACCUCAAACCGGAUCAGUUGUACAUUAUAGCAAUUGCCACAGUAUCCCAAGCCGGCCCUGGAGUCAGAAAUGCGGUUUUCUGUCGGACCAAAAAGUUUGUACCACCACAACCUGCGAACUUGACUGUACAAGCGGUGGGUCCAACAGAACUCUUUGUUCAGUGGCAGUCGCCUAUCCCCGACAACCCAGACCGCACGACAGCAGCUAUAGCUGGCCGAAUAGCGUACUUCGAACUUACUUGGCGCCCUUCAAAUAAAGAUGGAGGCUGGAUUCGGUCAGAACAGCACCGCACAUCAUCCGAUUGGACCACCCCUUCGAUUGCAGUGUCUGAGAUCCAAGGAUCUGAGUUACAGCCAAUCAGUCGGCGUUUGGUUCCCGCCCAAACCGAUUCCACAACGUCCGGUUGGUACAAAGCCAGUAUUGGGGCAUUACAACCGUCCACAUUUUACGUCAUCCACGUACGAGCUGUGGCCUCCUCAGGGUCCGGAGAUCGGGCAAUGUCUACUCCAGUGCAAACCUGGGAUCCACCUUUGCCUGCCCCGAAAAAUCUGCGACUACUCAGUCAGGUGUUUCCACCCAAAACCUAUUCCACAUUCCCACAAGUCUCCAUCAAAGUUUCUUGGGAGCCACUACAAGGUGCUACUGAAAUCGUCACUUAUAGGAUACGAUGGCGAAUGCUACUCAGUGCCUUGGCCCCUCAUCCAAGCGAUGACACCAGUUCACCCAGAGAAAAUAGGCGAAUUCGGUCCGGAGUUGAUCACGGGGAUAUAACUGCUGAACGUUGGAUCUACUGGCCUGAUCCAACGGAGGAUUGUCAUGCUCCGCUCGAAAUGAUACCUUGUCGUUUGCAGUUAGAUGAGGUGAACACUACUGAGACGAAUUGGAUCUCAAUACCUGGGCAUUUCCUUCUGAGCAUGACGUACGAAUUUCGCGUGGCCGCAUUAACUACUGUGCAGGCAGGACACGAAGCGAUACAACUGAUAGCAUUGGAGGGGGCAGCUCCAACCGGAACACCAACGGAUCUGCGCGUCAAACAUGAGAUGGAUUCAUUCAUCCUAUCCUGGGGGCCACCAGAUUGGUCUCACCGGCAUGGUCCUUUUGGGUCUUACGAGGUUCUAUGCGAUUCCACACAACCGAUGAAGUCGAUCAAUGUCACAAUGUACAAUAGCCAGGUCGAGUGGCAUGGUAACCACAAGGGCACUCCCAACAGCCUCAUUGCAUGGCCCAAUGGACGCAUUCGGGUGCAGUCUGUGUGGCAGUUUGCAUCGGUUACUCGCGACUCAACAUGCGCAGUUCGUGGAAGAACCAAGUACGGUGAUGGACCAUGGUCUUCUAGAGUAGUGAUCUACGCCAAACAACAGAGAGGUGCCCCUCCACCACCCAAGAAAAUCAACGCCUUGGCAUUGCGAGGAGCUCAAUUGCGGAUCAGUUGGGCAAUGCCUCUGGAGCUUGUUCAGACGUUGACAAGCCAGCAGCGGAUGGUUAACGCAUCAAUGACUCCAAGCCAGUUGAUCUAUCGCCGAUUUGCAGUGUACGUCAGGCCCCCGGACCAACAGAACUGGACGCGAUACCUAACAAACGGACCGGUCACCGAGUUCAUUGUACACGAACGAGGUGUGUUCAACUACGUCGGUUACGUGGUUCGUGUCAGUUCAGUUGGUGCUAAUGGUCACGAAGGUACCUGGUCCGAUGCAGUUAAUGUGAGAUCUACAGCAACAGGUGCUCCGGCCAAGUUAUACAACUUGACAUGCCUUCCUAUGUAUAUGGAUCAGAACCAGCGCUGGACGCUACAAAUUAGUUGGCGCACACCGGAUCAGCUACUCGUAUUUCACUCGGAUAGUGGACGUCUCAUGCAUUAUCGAGUUAAUUACACCGAUGCCGCCAUCCCAACUGCUCUGCAAUCUCGAGAAUCCUCCAUUCGAGUGCUGCAACCGAAAAGUUUGGUAGAGCAUCAGAUUGACAAUCUCGAAUCAAACAAGGUUUACUGGAUCUCCGUGAGACCAGUUAUCGCGCCGAGUUCUGGCGCGGAUCCAACACAACCUAUCGAUGUGUACGGCGUUCCGAUACAUUCGCGAUGUGCAACUCCACAAAGAGCUCAGUUACAGUUGAAACCACCUACCAUUGUACAGACUGACGUAACUCACCCGGGACAAGGUGUCGUUGUGGUUGCGUGUGCAACACCCACUGAACAGCACACACCAGUCACCGUUUCGCUGGUCGCCAAACAGUUGGAGGAUAAUACAGCGGAGACGAACAUAUUGGUACAAUGGACCGCGAGUCGGAAACCAGAAACACGAAGCAACCCACGUUACUUGGUUUAUCUGAGUGAAUUGGAGGCGAGGCACAUUUCCGACGACUCGGACCAUCUACUGAGCGGAUUACGUCUCUCCCAAAGAAUGAAAUACGCGCUGGCACUGAGGGCAUGCUUCAAGACUGACCCGGAUUCAUAUUCUUUACUUGCGGUCACAUUCGGAUCUCAACUAGUGUGUCAACAGUCGUUAUGGGUUCAACCUGUGGCAACAGAUUUACCUCCUCCUCCAUUGCCUCUUGCACCAGCGGUUGGACAGAAAAUUGGUGUGGAUCCGGACCGUGAUCUAUGGUUCAGUGAGACAUCAGAUCCCCUGAGAAAUCAACCUCCUUCCGACGAUGCAGCUGCACGUGGGCCUGGUUUCCCCAUACAUCACAGUAAGCGCCAGUCAGUGGCAUCUCCCCAAAGUGACUUGCUGGAGUAUGGAGUUUCCUCAGACAUUGAAACUGGACGCCUAUCAUUGUUGGACAAUGGCCGAUCCGAGGGAAAGAUAAAAGCGGCGAGCAUGUCCAUUCUGAUCUCCAUGAUCUGUCUCGGAAUACUGCUUUUUGCAUCAGGACUACUAUGUCUACUCUACAUUAUGUAUCGCCGACGUGGCUGGGAGUUUGUCCAGGGUGAAUCUAAACAGUGGUCUGAUGGAUCCCGUCGGAGCCGUUGGACAACGAUUCCGGCACAUGCCUUGUUCGGUUGGAUCCGGCUGAACAAACAUAGUGCUAGACGUCGAGCACGCUCCGCCUUCACUUUUAGCGAGAUGCACGGACCACCUCCAGGAAGCUGUUCUGUUACCGCAAACCUCCCACCCUAUGAAACAGGCUUCAUGAUUCCACUUUGCAACGAAGCAGCUUCAACUGGGUUCGGUUGCGAUAGCAUCGGCGGUGUUCCUAGACCGAAUGGUACGCUCAGAUCAUACACCGGCUCAGUGGAUGCAGUAUGUAACACACCACAGUUUGGAAGUCUGAGAAAAGACGUAUUGCGCAUUAAGGAAUUGGUCCGCGUAAACACAACCGAAUUGACGGGCGGUGCCUUUUACGGCUCUCAACCCGGAGCUCUGUGUCCGAUUGAUUCUUUUUCUCUUGGAACUGGUCCCUUGGAAACUCCAUCUUUAUCGAGCGGUUAUGCCUUACAUCCGAUAUGUAACGCUGGAUUGGGCUCAGGGAGCGUGCAGUCUGAUCACAUUUCAGGCCCUAAGCUGUUGUCUGGACUUGGGCUGAGUUGUGCUAACCCAAUGGUAACCGGACCACAGUCGAGACGAACUGGUGAUUCUCAUCUGAUACCAGUGGACCAACUAGUUGAGUAUGUCCGAUCACUGAAAGCUGACAACGGUCGGCUUAUGGCAGCUGAAUUCGAAUCCAUAGAUGCAGGUGGUCAGUUCACAUGGGAACACUCGAAUCGAUCGAUGAACCGACCCAAAAAUAGGUACGCUAACGUCAUCGCCUACGACCACUCCCGUGUCGUGCUGCAGUCGACAUCACCAUUGGAUCCCGAUUCCGAUUACAUCAACGCUAACUACCUGGAUGGAUAUCAGAAACAAAACGCAUACAUUGCCACUCAG